AUGCGACGCUGCGCGGCAUGCCUUACUUCGUUGACCGUUUCGAGCCCCACCGGUGCCGCUGUUGGUGCCUCUGCCGCGCCCUUGAAAACUCAAGCACCGAGCAAUCGAUCGCUUCUCGGGUACCCUCUGCGCCGUGCAGCAGCCAUGGAGAUGCUUUAUGGUGGUAUCUGUAUCCAACAUCUUGCACAACCGCCGUUCCCGCUGCGUACAAUACAGUCGGAAAGCCUCCCACCUCCAUCACUACAGGGGGAACGUGAUGACUUGGAGCUCGAAGUAAAAGACUCCACAGGUAAUGUCAUGGGGUAUCGACUAUUCCCCGUUAACAUCGGCAUACGAGCCCGCACAGAAUCCGUUCGAGUACGUAGUGAGGACUGUUAUAAGCGCUUCUUGGCUCAAAAGCACUGUGCAGCGGCGGGUGUCCCUCUGCAGUUCCCCGCACCGUCGAGCAUAACGAACAGCAACUGCCUCGCCACUCCAAGGGCCGCCUCUCACUUUCACCCGCCAUCAUCAAGUCUAUCCCUCUUCACACGGCCAGCUGACUCCCAAGGUGGUGACGUUGGCCGAACGACGCCAGCAGAUGUGGCCGCGUACCAUCCGCGUGCAUGGCGGCCUUAUCAGAUGCUGAAGCCAAUGCCACACAACUGGGGCCCAGCCGUCCGGUCCUCCGGUGUACGUGGGCCUCACAUGCAGUUGUUGCAGGAACGGAUCGACAAGAAGGGUUUUGGGUGGAAACGCAAGUCUCGAUCGCUGUGGCAACAGGAUAUUUCGACAGCUGGGUUUCGGCCCAAACGGUACUUCUGA